AUGCAAAACGGGGGAUGGCUCCGCGCCUCGAGAAGUGAACAUCAUCUGCCCACCGUCGAUCUUCAGGUUUGUUUUGAAAAAUUCCGUAUUUGGGAACGCCGAAGUGGUCCCUAUAGGACUCAGGGGAGGUAACAGCCCUAUUAGGGACAAAGAAGGGCUCCCUUGGAGGUUGAAAUUUAGAUGGUUUAUAGAGGAGUUCAGGGUUUGUAAGAAGUACAAAACCUGGAUUUUCAGGUUUUUUAUGAACAAAAUUCCAAAAACCUACUUGGGAAAGCAAAAGUGAUCCCUAUAGGGAUCAGGGGAGAAAACAGCCCCUAUUAGGGACAAAAAAUGGCUCCCUUUAAGGGUAAUAUUUAUGUGGUCUUUAAAGGGGUUCAGAGUUUGUAAGAGGUACAAAACCACCUGUUUUAACUAAUGAAAAAAAUAGGUCGAUCUUCAGGCUUGUUUGAAAAAAUUCCGUGAACCUUCUUUAGAAAUCCGAAGUGGUCCCUAGAGGACUCAGGGGAGAAAACAGCCCCUAAUAGGGACAAAUAAUGAAAAAAAUAGGUCGAUCUUCAGGUUCGUUUGAAAAAUUUCCGUAUUUGGAAACGCCGAAGUGGUCCCCAUAGGGCUAAAAGGAGAAAACAGCCCCUACAGAGGACAAGAUAGUGUUCCCUUGAGGAAAAAAAAAAAUUUAAAAGACCCUAUAGGGGCCACUUGUGCUUCAAGGGGAUAGGCUCUAAACCUCUGUAGUAAGCGCUACAGGGAGAAUGGUAUCAAAUCAAAUCAAAAUUUUCUAUUUCUCACACACAAUUACUAAAUUUCACGAAAUAGAUGUAGGGAGAAUGUGGGAACAUAUGUGUCGGAACUUGUGGUGAUGGAGGGAAGAGGACCCGCGGUCGUGUUAACCCCCCACUUGAGUAAAUUAGAAUAACAUUAAAGUUAUUCUUUUAAAUGUCGAUUAUGUAUAAAAGUGAAAUAAGCACCGGCUUUUUAUUUUUGGAAGAAAACCAAACUGAAUUUCGAUCCGUAGAGUAUCAUAGGUUCUUCUUACAGAACGCAAGAAUCAGCUCGCUCCUGGAGGAGAUGCGCCCCAAGAAGCUGGACGACGUGCUGCGGGUCAACGUGGAGGACUCGACUCUGAGAUGUCCGCCGGCGCCGCCGAAGUACGACGACCUCUACAACGACGUCUCCUCCUCCAACGUCAACUUGGCCCGGAGAGCUCCACCCGAUUAUAGGUGUGCAAAAGAUUUUGAAAAGUAAUGGUACUCCAAAAUGACCAGUAUUCUACCUUUUUUUUAGUCAAAUAUUUUAACUUAAAAAACGAAGAAUGAGCGGAAACCAUACGAGGAAAAGUACAUUAUCCAAUUAGCCUAGGAUUCGAAAUUCAGAAAAAAAAAAAACGUAUGAGAAUAAUUUUCACCUUACCAACUUUAGAAUUUCCAGUUUUUCGAGAACGAGGGCUCUAAUCCUAAUAUUAUAACCAAUUCUAACUAGUUUUGAUAGCUUAUUUUGAAGUUUUUCGGAAGUUAGGAAGAUUGUGAUUCGAAAAACUUUAAACUCAGAGCUUUAAUUGAACAUAUUCACAUCAUUCAAAUAUUUCUUGAUUUUCUCAUUUUUCACUGUUUUUCUUUCCUGAACAACUGCACCUUGAACCGUUCUGAGCACCUCAUUUAUCUUCCACGAAUGUUCUCGGGAGAUUUGAUCGUUAACAACUGUUCUGUAUGCUUUUCCCCAUGUUAACUAGAUGUUUCUUUUUGUCGAGGAAACCUGGAAGAGAUAUUUUUCCUGUUGAUCGGGGUUUCAGGAAACCUUUAAGAGGUUUUAAACUUGAGUAAAAAAUAGUUUUACGGAUCGAUACGAUUUUUUUUCCACGAUUUAAAAAUUCUGAUUUUAAAUUUGCCAGAAUCUUGCUUGAACAAAAAAAAAAAUAAAGAACUCUCAAAAGGUAAUAUUUUGUAUGAGAUCAUUUUAAGGACCUCACAGCCUUUUUAAAGUUUAAAAACAUAUUAUUGAGUAAAAUAUUUUUGACUUAAAUUUUCGUUCUUCAUCAAAUAAGCUGUUCUAGCCAACUGUCGAGCCUGCGACCGUCGGUUUCAACUUGGAUAGUCACUUCCAGCGACCCCCGGCCUCAACAACCGUCGUGGGCGCGUUAUCCGAAGCCGUUGGCCGUCGGAGACUCGGUUCGACCUCACUUACAGUUCAUUUUAGCCGACUUAGGGGUAUAUUUUCAAGGUUGACGCUUUCAGAAAGUAUUCUUAACUGAAUCAUGGAAUAAUUGAGGAGUUUUUCGUCGGUUCGCCGAACUGUCGUUGAUCAACAACGGCGCCUGGAUCAUCACGUCAUUUUUGUGAAAGUUGGAGACAAUCUCUGAGUAUCUAGACGAUCAGCUGCUUCUUCAUAUAUUCUUACAAUCAACUCCUUUUUUGUAGUAGUUGUAAUCGACUAGGCGGUCAACAAGGACGGUAAAAAACGCCUGUGGCGAACUAGAAGUCUAAAAAUGUAGUUGAUCAAGUUGAAUGCAUGGUCUUACGGUCCUUCGCCUUGUUCUUCCAAGUUCAUCCAGUUGUUUGGAGAGGACACUAAAGUAGUCACUAAACCCACCUCUAUAGUGGCCCCUAUAAAGGUUCUCGAUUUAAUGUCCACUUCAGUAGUUUUCAUCAAGUAUUCCUUCCAGUAACUUUGAUAAUUGUAAAACAAACAGAUUGACCAGUUAUGUUGAUCCAUUGACCCUUAAAGUGGCCACUAAAACGUUUAGUGGGCCAGUAGUAGCACUUAGACUUCUAUAGUGGCAACUAAUUUUUAACCCCUUAAGUGGGCUCUAAUUUUACUACUAUAGUGACCACUGAAGUUUUUCCCAGCAUUUUUCAUGAUCAGUUGAAAGAAUGAUGUCAAAAAAUGUCUUUUUCCGCCAAAUCCGCGUCGCCUACGCCACAAGUAGCUCUUAUCACUCGGUCCAUUAUAUCGCCUUUCAAGUCGAAAAAAAAAUCAAACAUACUCAUUUUUCUCACUUGCAGAGAGGUCCCUUAUCACCUGCCGGUUAUUUCCGCGAGCUGGAACUGAAAAAUCUGUCGCUAAGCAACAGACGGUCUGAAAAUAAGGUCUGUUGGCUGGAAAAAUGUUUCGAGCCUCAACUUUUCUGCAGAACAAUGAGGAGCCGCCGCCGAUGUCGCCGCGCGUUUUCUCGGCCGGAAUGUCCCGAAACACGCCCCGGCAGGCCAGCUUCAUUGCCGCCAUCGCCCGGCAUCCGCUCAGGGAAAGUUCGUUAUUAGGUUUUUGUGUUACUAGCAAGGAAAGUUUUUUUGGGAACGAAUUUUUGAUUAAUCUUGGCUGGGGUGUCUUAGGAUCUGAUCUCAGAAAACUUUUUUUAAUUGAUUUUUUUGAACUUCAAAAUCUAUAAUUUUUUUAAUGAUUUGUGCGGUUUGCGGUUUUUAAAAGGUCAUAGUUUGAGGGAAAUUUGAGCCAAAAGCUCAAAAAAGGGUUUUUUCAAGAUCAUAGUUUGAGGGAAAUUUGAGCCAAAAGCUCAAAAAAGGGUUUUUUCAAGAUCAUCAGAAAAUUCACCUUUAUUAUUUUAAAGUUUUCAACAGCUUUUGAAAAAUAACUUUAAAAUGGUGAACAAGAAAUUUGGUAUUAUGAAAUAGAAGCCCUAACUUAUCAACAUUGUCUUUUAAUCAUGAAUCAACCACUUAUUUUUUAAAGGAUGAUUCAUAACGGAGAGCUUAUCGAGAAAAAAAAAGUUCGGAGAGUUCCCAAGCAAUAUGAAAAAAUCGGAAAAGUCGGUGUUCAAAAAUUCGUUGAUUUUUAUUUCAUACUACCUGAAAUUUAUUUGUGAGAAAAGCUAAAAUAUUAUCAAUUUUCUAUUCGAUUAUUCAACCGUUUGAAUCAAUGAAUUUUCAGCCAUCAGUUAUUUUUUUGCGGGUCUUUUGAAAACGUGACAAGAGUUAUUUUUCAAAUUUUCAUCUCUAUCUUCAAAAUAAUCUGAAGAACAUAUGUCGCGUCAUUAUCAAUAAAAUUUGAACGCAUUUUCUAUGAAAAACAAGAAAAAAAUAUCCAAAGUUAAGUUUCAUAGUUUUAAUAACUGCAAAACAAAAUUCAUUUCGAAAAAUUUCAAUGUGAAAAAAAAUGUAGUUUCAGUCUUCAACUAGUGAAAAAUGUCAUCCUUUAAAAAUCUCUAUGUCGCCUAAUCACGGCUGGCUUGAGCCAACGAAAAAAUGAGUCCUGGCACGAUAAGAAAAGAGAUAGAGCGAAAAGAGGAGAGCGCAGAAAGGCCACGCCCCUUUGCGCCCCAAGCUGGGCGUGAAUCAGCUAUAAUAUUCAUUUUGAACAUUUGAAAAUUCAAAACCAUUGCCAAAAUUUUCAAAAAUAGUUUUUCCAUGUGAUUUUCUGCAGCCAGCCAAUGGAACGGCGCCUAUUCGCCGAGUUCCUCCGUGGAGCCGCCCGUCGACGCGGCGAACGUCGCGGGAGAACCGCGGGAGAACGUGGCUCCCAACGCAAAUACGCCCGUCCGUCGACCGCGAAGCCCGACGCCCUAUAAAAGGUGCCUUGAACAGGAAUUUCAUAUUAUUAGGCUUAUUAAAGGCACAUGGGUAGUAGAAAUUGCCAAAAAAUUGUAUGCAACAAGCUUCAUGUGAGAAUUCUGAAUAUGUGAGUCCAUCUUCGAAAGUUAGAGAGUACUGUUAGACAAGAGGGCCUAGAGAAAGAAACAGUUGCUCUCUUAUUUUUGAACAAUCUCUCAAUUUCGAAUAAUCGAACCCUGACCCCACUCGAAUUUCUGCUUGUAAUUUCACAAAAUUCCUAUUUUUCAAGGAAAAAACUCUCGGUUUCAAACUUUUUGUACAUAUCCUCUCAAGGUAAUGAAGCUUCUUGAACAUUUAAAUUAUCUGAAUAAAUCAAAAAAAAAUUUUCGAACAAAAAUACCAGAGGGAGAAGUUUACGAAAAAUGAGAAAAAUUUGCCUUUUUGUUGGUUCUCCUUUGCCUCACACGUUUGUUUGUUUGUUGACUUUCGGAUUGCCAAAAAAUGACUUGGGCCUUUUUUUCCAGACGGAAACACCCGCCAAAGGAACGACUAGGCAAGGACGAAGAAGUUCUCCCGGCGCCACAGUUGAAGAACACUUUGCAGCGUCAGUUUCUUUCCAAAUUCAACUUUUUUCAGAAGAGAAAACUGUCAAAAGGCUCAAAAAAAUAGAUGAGGAAGUAUUUUGUGGUACAUUUCCUCCUUGAAUGCAUUCAAAAUGUGGAACUUUUUUGUAAAAUGGUGUUUUUUUUAAAUUCCUGUUUCAAGUUACUUUUAAGAAGCUCAAAAAGUGCAGAGAAGAGUGA